AUGGCCAAUUCUGGCGGUUCGGGGAACUUUAUCAAGAUGGAAAUGGGGUAGGUCUUUGGUCCACGGUAACUGAAAUUGGGUCGUUUGGAAUUUAGGAGAAAUUUGGAUGCUCUUGGCCAAACUUUUGGGGGUUAUGCGACCAAAAUUAUUUAUUAUAUUAUUUUAGUCAUCAAUUUUUUGAUGAUUUUUCAAAUUUUUUUGGAGAAUUUUGGCAAAACACGGGCUGAAUUUGACUGCCUUUGAUACUACUCGGAGUUUAUAAUAAUAAAAGUUUAAAAAUUUGGCAAAUUUAAUCAAAAAAUAAAUUGAGUAAUGGUAUAGUUUAGGCUAAAAAUGAAAUUUUUUAGCGCCGAUAUGAUGUCAAACCCAAAUUACAUCCAAAAACCUCAACUCUACAAUAUGAGCGCUCCUCCAGACCCAAUGCAGUACACACAAGCUCAAGCCACCUCGAGUAAGCAGUCAUUUAAAAAAUACAAUUGAUUUAGUUGAAAAAUUAAAAUUAUUGAGUCAUUUUAUCCUAAAAAGCUUAAAAAGUCAACUUUAAAGUGUACAAAUGUAGAUUUCCAGGCCCAUCCACCUCAACCAACCCCUAUGCCAACAAAUUUGUGAUGCCGAAAGCCGCGACGAAUAAGGAGUUUGUUGUGAACGCAAAGAAUGAAAAGAAGUUGACGGCAGUUCCGAAAAAGUCCUCGCAAUUGCCGGCCAAUAAUUCGGGGCCAAUGGGAAUUCGUCCGACAAGCGCCGAUUCCUGCAAUACGAUCACUCAAUACCUGAUGAAGUUUAAUGUAGUAAGUGGAUAUUUCGGAAGAUUAUUUUCUACAAACGAAAAUAUUAUAUGUAAUUGAGGAAUUUUUAUGCUACAAAUUUGACACUGUACGACUCAAUCAUAAGCGGGGUUAUUGUAUAUUUUUCGUAUAAAAUGGCAACCAACAUUUUUACAAAGCUCGGGCGCAGCUCACAAAAGUAGUUUUGCCAAAAAAUGUUGCGAAUUAUUUUCGCACGUAAAAUCGCUCUCCUUUCCGCUGUAAAACUCGAAUUUUCAGAGUAAAGAAGAGGACUUUUCGAGGAAAGCCAUCGAGAGUUUGAUCAAGAAGCUCAAAGACAAGCGCGAUGAAUUGGAAGGAUUCAUCAACAACAUUGCCGGGAUGGGAGCCAACGUUGGGAGUUGUGUGACGAUCCCGCGAACGUUGGAUGGCCGACUUCAAGUGGCGGGUCGGAAGGGCUUCCCGCACGUUGUCUAUUGCCGUAUCUUCCGCUAUCCCGACCUCCACAAGAACGAAUUGAAGCACGUGGAUUGCUGCACGUAUGCGUUCGACUUGAAGAGCGAGCUGGUCUGCGUGAAUCCCUAUCACUACACUCGGAUUGCGAAUGCCGCAUUGGGGACGCUCGAUCUUUCGGCAUUGAACAUCAGCAACUUGAACGGGGAGAGCCGGCCGAGACCGGGGCCGGGCCGUCCGCCCGGCAGCUCGUAUGGGCCGGCAACUGCCAUGCAACAACGGAUGAAACAGCCAGCUCAACAGCCACCUGCCACACCGUCGAAUCAGUCGAAUUACCCCACCAAAAAUUAUAGCCAAUAUCCGCAAACGCCGAGCUACCAACGAAUGCCCAUGGAUAACAAUUAUCGUUCUCCCAAUCAGUCGUCGGUCCAAUACCCCGCCGGAUACAUGUCGCAGAGGAUGGGAAACAGUGGAAUGAAGAGCAAUGUCAGCCCUAACGCCCCUUCGAGCAGUCUACAUACCUCGCCGAAUCAAAAAACAACUCCGUCUGGAGAUCCGGGCUACAAUUUGACUCAAGUAUCGCCCUUAAAAAGUAGUAAGUUGAGGGUGAAAAGAUAAUUUCUUGACUGAAAACUAGUUCAGUUGACUUUUUGGCCGUUGAAAAUUUGAAUUUCGAUUGAAUCUAAUAUUAAUUCUUCAUAUUUUAGAUGUGAUGCCCUCUCCGACCUUCACCAUGACUCAAUCAAACUACAACCCUUCCGCUCAGACCUCAUACAACGCCGGGUAUCCUCAAGUGAGCUCCAGUCAGAUGCCAGGGCAAUAUUCAACCCAAGGCCAGUAUUACCCUCAUCAAUCCUAUAAUUAUCCCUAUCCAAGUGACUCCAGUUCUGCACAAAGUCAAGGAGUCACUGGAGGUCAAUCAAUGGCGCAAGGCCAAGGAUUGACUAGAAAUUCUCAAUCCGGAGGCCCAUCAGGACAAUCGGCAGCGCAGAAGCCUCAGGGGACACCAGUUACAACUCAAGGAAUUGCCAGCCAAAUCCCAGCAACUGGUCCGUCCAUGACAUCGACGACUCAUCCUCGCCAAACUAGUCAACAAUCCAACCAAUCGUAUAGCCAAAUGACGAGUCAACUGCCUUCCCAGUCCAUGCCCAGACCAGUGAUGUCCAGUUAUCCGAUGAACCCGGCCGCCGCCACAAUGCAAUACCAAAGCCAGCAAGUGUCCUCGGCGCCCGGCUAUCAGUCCGGCUACCCGUCGCAGGGCUAUGGCCCGAGCCAAAUGCAAUCCCCCGUCGCCAACCUCCCACCCACCUAUCCGCAGCCCAACUAUUAUCAGCAGUAUUUGCAGAAUGCGGAUCCUUUGCUAUAUCAGGACGCGGCAAAUUAUACGCAGCAACAGCAAGCCGAUGUGGCCUCGCCGUGUUCGUCGACUGGAGUUCCUCCGGCUCAGUCGAAUGAGCCGCCCGAAAAGGAGAAAAUGAAACAUCCAAGUAAGCAAUUGCUUUUUUGGACCUUAUUUUAGAUUAAAAAUGAUGAAUUUGGUUAAUUGAAAGCGUUAAAAUUGUUUUGCAGUUGCUUUUUAAUGGUGAAAAUGAAGUAAAUUUAAUUUCAGUGGCCACUAUCGACGAAUUUGACUUGAUUUUGCAUGCAAAAAUUGCGCAAUUCCACGCGGAGGACCGGCGAAAGCUGCACGAAGCGCGGAGAAUUCAUCGUCAAAGGAAACCCCUCAGGGCAGUGAACUCGAACAACCCGGACGCCGAACUCUUCUACGAGCUUCCCCAUCGCCGAGACCGCUUCACAGUGACGUUCGACCCUCAGGGCACCCAGUUCCAGAAGUUUAAUUACAUCAGCGGGAAGACCGCGUUCCUCCAGCCCGAGGCCAAAGAACAGAUCUCCAAAAGCUACGGCCAGAGCUGGCUGAGUGUCACUUAUGUCGAGUUCAACACUCCCUGUGGGGAGGUGUUCAACGCGCUGAACGAGUAUCCGAAUGUGAUUGUGGAUGGGAGUGUGAGGAUCAACUCCAAUGCAAGGUUCUCCCUGGGGUGCACCUCGAAUGGAAAUCGGACCGAUCUGUCGGCGGACUGUCUGUAAGUUGAGGGGAAUCCGAGGAAAGAGAUUUGAUGGGGCUAGUUUCCUCAGCCUAUCUGGUAAUUUCUAAAUUUCAAAUACACAGUAUUUUUCACUUUAUCUGAUGUCCCAAGUUUCAGUGAGCGAAUGCGCCGAGGAGUGAAGAUAAUGCAGAAGAACGAGGGCGAUAUUUGGCUGGCCUGCAUGACUGGUCCAGUCUUCAUCCAAAGCACAUACCUGGACAACCUGACCGAGCGGCUGGUCGCUGAUUGGCCUCACGAAUUCGGGGUUGGAUGUGUGGUGAAGGUGUUCGAUCUGAACGAAUAUUACGACCGAAUCAAUCGAUGGGCAGAACAACAAAGAGAAGAGGAUGCCAGAGGCGACAAUGAGUACAAUGGACCGGGAUCCGACUCGGAAGACGACGAUUGCAUCAAAAGGGUAAGAGAUGGCAAGGAUAAUAUAUUUUGGUCGAAAAAAGAUGAAUUGAACAUCGGAAUAAUGGAAUUUUUAUUUCAGAAACAGCGUCCGUUGGAUGUGGACACACUUCGCGACUGGUUUACGGUCAAACUCUCGUUCUUCCAUGGAUUUGGAUUCCCGUUCUUCAAACGGAAGGUCAUCCAAGAAUGCCCCUGCUGGAUUGAAUUACAGUCGCAAGCGUAAGUUUUGGAAAAGAAUACUGCUAAUUACAGUAUGUUCUAUCAUCUAUGCAAAAAACAGCUUGAUAUCUCUACAUUCUCCUACAAAAAUUAACUCUGAUAUUAACCAUGCCAUAUUUUAGGGCCGCUGAUCUCUUGGAUGGAGUGCUCCGUGAACACGACAAUUAUAUGCGUCAACAGGCAGCAAUUGACAACCCAUAUGGUGCCUACCUCUCCGAUUCUCCAUCUACGAAUUCCCUUUUCUCGGACAACGGCGAUGAUGAUCGACUUCGGCUGAGCGCCGGCGGAGGUGUCCCCAAUCUAGAGAUUGGCCGAAUGUAUGAUGGCCACAGUCUGGAUCGACUGUAG